CCCUCCCGCCGCAGCCCGGGCUCAGCCCCGACUUCCUGCCGGGCGCUGGGAAGCCGCGCGCGGGCUGGGGGUCUGCGGGGGCCGCGCUCGCAGUGGGCCGCGUCCCUGGCUGAGUCCCGGGCCGCCAAAGGGCUGGCAGUGGGCGGGAGCAGCCGGCAGCCUCAGCCCCUUCCGAGAGCGACUUUCAAACUCGCGCCCGCGUCGCCGCCGCCGCCGCCGCCGCACCUGGGAAGCCUCGCGCGCCGUGCGUGCCGGACCCGGCGGGCGGCCGCCGCUCGAAUCUCCCCGGAGCUCCUGCGCCGGGCAGCGAUGCCAGGAUGCCCGUCUCUGCCUCCCUCCGCCCGGACGGCAGCCAGGAGCGGCCAGCGAGCCUGACCUCCACCACGUCUUCGUCGGGCUCCUCCCGGGACAGCCGAGGCACCAUGGAGGAGCCCAGCGGCCCCGAGGCCUCAGCCAAGAACGGUGCAGGCUCCCCUCGUGGCCGGCACCCGCGCAACAACACCAACAACUCCAGCAGCUGGAUGAACAAGAAGGGAUCCCUGUCCCCAUUCAGCGGCCGGGCAGCAGCGGCGCCUGCGCACAAGCUCAGCUACCUGGGCCGCGUGGUGCGGGAAAUUGUGGAAACUGAACGCAUGUACGUGCAGGACCUGCGCAGCAUAGUGGAGGACUACCUGCUGAAGAUCAUUGACACACCUGGGCUGCUGAAGCCAGAGCAAGUCAGUGCCCUCUUUGGGAACAUAGAAAGCAUCUACGCACUGAACAGUCAGCUACUCAGAGACCUGGACAACUGCAAUGGUGACCCUGUGGCUGUGGCCAGCUGCUUUGUGGAAAGGAGCCAAGAGUUUGAUAUCUACACCCAGUAUUGCAACAACUACCCCAACUCGGUGGCCGCCCUGAUGGAGUGCAUGCGGGACAAGCAGCAGGCCAAGUUCUUCCAGGACCAGCAGGAGCUGCUGCAGCACUCGCUGCCCUUGGGCUCCUACCUGCUGAAGCCAGUCCAGCGCAUCCUCAAGUACCACCUGCUGCUCCAGGAAAUUGCCAAACAUUUUGAUGAAGAAGAGGAAGGCUUCGAGGUGGUGGAGGACGCCAUUGACACCAUGACCUGCGUGGCCUGGUACAUCAACGACAUGAAGAGGAGGCAUGAGCACGCAGUCCGGCUCCAGGAGAUUCAGUCGCUGCUCAUCAACUGGAAGGGGCCGGACCUGACCAUCUACGGGGAGCUCGUCCUGGAGGGCACAUUCCGCCUGCACCGCGUGCGGAGCGAGAAGACCUUCUUCCUCUUCGACAAAGCGCUGCUCAUCACCAAGAAGCGGGGCGAUCACUUUGUCUACAAGGGGCACAUCCCGUGCUCCUCCCUGAUGCUGAUUGAAAGCACCAGAGACUCCCUGUGCUUCACCGUCACUCACUACAAGCACAGCAAGCAGCAGUACAGCAUCCAGGCCAAAACAGUGGAGGAGAAACGGAACUGGACUCACCACAUCAAGAGGCUUAUCCUGGAGAACCACCACACCACCAUCCCCCAGAAGGCCAAGGAAGCCAUCUUGGAAAUGGAUUCCUAUUAUCCCAAUCGGUACCGCUACAGCCCAGAGCGCCUGAAGAAGGCCUGGUCCUCCCAGGACGAGGUGUCCACCCACGAGGGGCGCCGCCAGGGCCGCCGGCAGUCUGAGCCAACCAGACACCUACUCAGGCAGCUCAGUGAGAAAGCAGCCAGAGCAGUGGGAAUGAAGCAUGCAGGCAGUGCUGGUGCUCUGCUGGACUUUGGGCAGCCGUCCCGUACUCGGGGCCUGCGGCCAGAGGCUGAAGGGGGUGCCCGGGAAGAGCAGGAGGAGGACGAGGAGGAGGAGGAAGUGGUGGUGGAGGACGAGGAGGAGGAACAGGCCUUUCAGGUCUCUCUGGAGGACCUGGCAGGGCAUGAAGGCAGCAAGAAGGGGUCUGGGCCGGAGCCCCCAGGCUCAGAGGAAGAGGAGGAGGAGGAGGAGGAGAGCCUGGCAGUGGCGGAGCAGGUAGCCGACUUUGCCAGCUCCCUGCUGGCCGCCCUCCACUGCUGGCACUAUCGGGCCAACGCUUUACUUUUCUCCCGGGGUGCUAUGGGGAAGGGGCGCGGGGAGUCUGAAGGCUCCGAGAGCCGCAGGAGGCCCAGCAGCCGGUCUGCCGACAGUGCUGAGAAGCACAUGAGCCUCGAGUCCAUUUCUUCCCUGCCUGAGGCUGAGCCAGACCCAGAGCCCGGGACAGAGCCGGAGGUGUUUGCUGCUGUGGAAGGUCAAGCCGAGGAGAUGCCCUCAGACACAGAGUCUCCAGAAGUCCUGGAAACACAGCUUGAUGCCCAUCAGGAGCUGCUGGGGCUGGACCACCAAAGUGACAUGGUGGACUUUGUGGUAGCCAAGAGCACUAAAAACAUGAAGGCCUUGAGCAGUGAGGAGGAGGAGGACGAUGACGAGGAGGAAGAGGAGGAGGAGGAAGAGGAGGAAAUGGGGACUGCCCAGGAGUCUGAGAGCCUCCUGCCGCCCUCUGUGCUGGACCAGGCCAGUGUCAUUGCUGAGCGGUUCGUCAGCAGCUUCUCUCGGCGGAGCAGCCUGGCACUGGAGGACAGCAAGGCCACUGGCUUCGGGACCCCGAGGCUGCCCAGCCGGAGCAGCAGUGUGCUCAGCCUAGAGGGCAGCGAGAAGGGCCUGGCCCGGUGCGACAGCACCACAGACUCCCUCAGCUCUCAGCUCCCCCCAGCAGUGGACCUCAGUGUGGGCGUGGCCACGGAGAGUGGCCCUUCUGUCAAUGGGACGGAGCCCCCAAGCCCAGGCUGCUCAGCAGAGACCAAUAGGUCUUCUUCCUGCAAGAAGAAGGAAUCCAUGCUCUCCACACGAGACCGGAUGUUGCUGGACAAAAUCAAGAGCUACUACGAAAAUGCAGAGCACCACGACGCAGGCUUUAGUGUCCGACGCAGGGAGAGCCUCUCCUAUAUCCCCAAAGGCCUGGUGAGAAACUCGGUCUUCAGGUUCAACAACCUUCCCAGGCAGGACCCGGAGCCAGUGGCCCCAUUAGGGCACAAGAGACAGGUGGGCUCCAGGCCGGCUUCAUGGGCCCUGUUUGACCUCCCAGGACCAGGCCAGGUGGGUGCAGGUUCUGGCGACCCAGCUCCUAUCACAGAUGCUGAGUUCCGCCCAUCUUCAGAAAUUGUGAAGAUCUGGGAAGGUAUGGAGUCUUCUGAGGGGAGUCCUCGGAAGGGGCCAGGCCAAGGUCAGGCCAAUGGUUUUGACCUACACGAGCCACUUUUCAUCCUGGAGGAGCAUGAGCUGGGAGCUAUCACUGAAGAGUCAGCCACUGCAUCACCAGAGAGCGCCUCCCCCACCCAGCGGCCCAGCCCGGACCGCCUGGCUCGGGAGCUGAAGGAGCUGGUGAAGGAGCUGAGCAGUGGCUCCCAGGGAGAGCUGGUGGCCCCACUGCACCCCUGCAUCGUGCAGCUCUCCCACGUGAUGGACAGCCAUGUGAGCGAGCGAGUCAAGAACAAGGUCUACCAGCUGGCUCGCCAGUACAGCCUUCGGAUCAAGAGCAAGGCGGGGACAGCCAGGCCACCACUGCCAUGGGAAAAUGCAGCUUCCACUGUUCCCCAACUGCAGGAGGAGGCUGGAUCGCCAUCGGGUGGCAAAGGUAAGAGAAAGCCGGUGCUGUCCCUCUUCAACCACGAGGAGGUGCUGGCCCAGGAGCACAGCCUGCCCAAGCCCUGCUCGGCCGGGGAGACGUCACCACGGCGUUUCUCCAUCCCUUCUGCUGGCAACUCGAGGACCACUUCACCUGGGGCCUGGUCUGCCACUCGAAGCCCUCUCAGCCCCUUGGACACCGAGACCUUCAACUGGCCCGACGUCCGAGAGCUCUGUUCCAAGUAUGCCUCUAACGACGAGGCGGUCCAGGUCGAGGGAAGCCGGUCCCGAGGCCCACCCGUCAGCCGGAGCCGCUCAGUGCCAGACGGCAUGGUGGAGCCGCCCCUGUCGGGCAGGGUGGGCCGCUGCUGCAGCCUGAGCGCCAAGAGGGGCCAGGUGGGCCCAGAGGCCACCCAGCCCCGGUCUCCUGGGGCGUUGCCCCAGAGUGGGCCGGACGGAAAGGAGGCCCUGUACAUCACUGCAGACCUCACCCUGGAGAACAACCGGCGGGUGAUUGUCAUGGAGAAGGGGCCCCUGCCUGGCCCCGCGGUGGGGCUGGAGGAGAGCAGAGGCCCUGGACAGAGAUCAGCAGCAGCCAUAGUGGGGCAGGGCCGGGAUUUGCAGGAGGCAGCCGCACAUCAGCCGAAGGAAAAGGGUCCCAGGGACCUAGUGGACCCAAACCAGCAAGGCAUCGUGAGAAACCUGAGGGAAAAAUUCCAGGCCUUGAACUCUGUAGGUUGACUCUUGAGUCUUGGGGGAGGGAGGAGCUUGGGGAAUGAGGAGGAGCCUUGACCUAUGUCCACAGGUUUGGGCUCACCCUCCUUACAGGAGCCUCACCCAGGGCCCUCGGAAGGCGGUGCCCGGGAACAGUGCUCUGGUGUACUCAGCAAGUGCCUUGUCCUGCUGUAACCACGCUGGUGCCCUCCCCCCACAAGCUCACGGUGACCUUCCACAGGUCCAGAUGGGCCCCUCUUCCCUCUGAGGCCGGUGUGGCCACUUCCCUUAUAUCCAGUUCUCUGGUGAGAAGCCACAUAUUUAAACUCACCUCUUCCCAGGGAGAGCAAGCCCUGUGUCAGCCGGCCACUGCCAGACUGAGGAGCCCGCCAGGGGAGAUGCGGGAAGGUGGCCCGGGUGGGGGGGCGGGGCUGUGCCUUUUCUUAGGGUCCAGGCAGGAACGAGGUCCAUAAUUUAUUGUUUGUGUGCAUGUGUGUGUGUGUUUUCCCCGUUGAUUCCCGUCCUGUGAAGAAUGUAACGGACUCAGUUCAGGUACUUUUGUGGAUUGUUUCGCUGACCCUGUGGUUGUCGCUAAUGUAUACACAUUUCAUUAUUUGCCAAUGGUGCAAUAACCACUGCUGACCAACCGA